CGAACACACGGAAGUUAAACGUCUCUGUCAGAUUGGAUGUGAUGUUAACAAAAUGAUCGGAGAUCUGUUGAUAUUCGGGACCUUACUGGUGAAUGCAGGGGCUGUGCUGAACUUCAAGCUCAAAAGAAAGGAGUCCCAAGGGUUUGGAGAUGAGUCCAGAUCACCCACAACAGGCGACAACAUCAGAGAGUUUCUGCUCAGCCUGCGAUACUUUCGGAUCUUCAUCGCUCUGUGGAACAUCUUCAUGAUGUUCUGCAUGAUCCUAUUGUUUGGGUCAUGAUCAUUAUUUGUGGCGACUGGACUUCCACCAGGAUGCUGAUUUCCCAGGGUAGAUGCUACAAACUUCUAUGGGAGCUUGCUGUUCCUUUGGCCCUUUUAACUGUAAUUAUGCUCCAUUUUCUUUACAACUCCAAAAUGUGCUUCUGGCUGUACAGGAAUUUAUGAAUCGCUGUAUUUAUUUUGUCUUACAGAGGUUGUUACAUUUUUCCCCCUUUUUGUUUAAGCUGUAAAUGCAUCAGCACCUUUGCCUGUGCAGGAUAUGUGUUGUCUUGUACCCCUGUGCUUCAUUAUAGAACAUGAUUUUUUUUUUCUUCAGCAUGUCAGUUUUCUUAUUAAAGAAACACUGUUUUGUAAAUGGACAGCCUUCACCAAUAGGAUAGAAAUGUUUUUCUGGGACAUGUUACCUGUGAUUCAUCAUUUAUGGUUCCUGCAGUGAUCAAAGCUGGUGAAUGACCUUUUCCCCAACCAAGAUCAUCUUGCUGAGAUGUCCUUUUAUCCCUUUUACUUGCACAGUCAUCAUAGCCCAGCUGGAUUCAACAGACAAGUCAAAAUGAUAACUGUCACUUAGUGAACUGUACGUCCCCGCUGUACAAACAUCGCAAAAUUGUAUGUCACUUCAGAAUAUUUUAAUGCAGAUUUAAAAAGAAAAAUGCCAUUUUCCUUUAUUCUGGGGUACAUGUGCUAUAAGAAAAUCUCUGUAUGUCCUAUAAUAUAAAUGUGUCCUUAGUCUUAACAAUAAAUAUACACCGUUUUCUUA